AUGGCACCCUCUCGAGUUGAAGCUGUCGUUGACUCGUCAACGCCCAUCGCUUUUCCCAAAGAAACGCAGCCUGAUGCCAAAUGGUCUGCUUAUCGCCGUCUUGUCCCGCUGGUGGAUGCAGACGGCUACACUUAUCUCAACGCCUCUUUUUCCCCUCCGUCAAACCUCAUCGUUCACGAUGCCCUCACCCGUUACGCCAACGAUGCUCUCCAUUCUCCAGCUCCCAAGCCAGAAUGGCAGAAGACGGCAAUCGAUACGCGACAGUUGAUUGCAACGUACAUCAACGCCCCCUCUCCCGAGUCUGUGGCAUUGACUCGUGAUACAACCGAGGGUCUCAACUGUUUCAUUCGGGGCAUGAAGUUUGCCCCGGGCGACAAUGUCGUCAUCCUUGAUUCGGAACAUCCAAACCAUGCCUAUGGCUGGAUGGCCAUGAGAGCUUCUGGCCUGGAGGUCCGCCAAGUUCCCACGAUUCCCAUUGCUGAAAAGACAGGCAUCGUCUCUGCUGCAAACGCAGACACGUUUGCCCCUUACGUCGACGACCGCACUCGUGCCAUUGGUAUCAGCUCGAUCAUGUUUCAUAGCGGCCAACGAAACGACAUCGCUGGCAUCUGUUCUAGGUACCGACCUAAAGGUAUCCACGUGCUUGUGGAUAUGACCCAGCAAGUCGGCUUCGCGGCUGUUGAUGUCCAGGCCUUGGGUCUAUCCGCUGCUGCUUUUGGUCUUCACAAGGGCUUGAACUGCCCGACUGGCCUUGCAGCAUUGUACGUCGACCCAAAGGUCAUUGCAGAGACCGAUCCCCAUCCUCCAAUUGUCGGCUACGGCGCUGUCCUCAACACGCAGGCAGAUCUCCUUGUGCCAUCGGAUGAUAUCAUCUACCAUCCCAACGCUCGUCGCUAUGAACAUCUCAAUGUCAGUCUUGUUGCCACCACAGCUGCCAACGCGUUCCUCAAGUUCUAUCUCAAUGAGAUGGGCCCAGGAAAUGUUGAAGAACACCUAUUCAGCCUCGGAGACGCCCUGAGAAGGGAAUGCCGAGACCUAGGCAUUAGCAUUGUUGGACCAACUUCACGAAAGGAACAUGCUCCCCAUCUAUAUAUCCUAGAUGUGCAUGACCCUCGUUGGGCAGAGCACCUUCGCGCGAACCAAAUUCUCGUCACGCCUUACAGGCUAGGCAUAAGAGUAUCCUUUGGCUUCUAUAACAAUGUCGAAGACGUUAAAAAGCUUGCUGUCGCGCUCAAAUCAGGUUUGGAGUCGGGGCUUCCCGUUGGAAAAGUGUAG